AUACCAGCCCUGACACACCGGCACACUCACUUCUCCUCUGCGAGCCGCCUCUAUCUCUCCAUCCCUCCGUGCUCUCUGUGCCGGUGCGUUUCGCCCGUCGUCUCCUUCUAAACCCGCCAAGAUGUCCGACAAGCCCAACAUGGCAGAAAUCGCUAGUUUUGACAAGACAAAGCUGAAGAAGACGGAGACGAAAGAGAAAAACCCGCUGCCGACCAAAGAAACCAUCGAGCAGGAGAGGAAAGGCGACGCUACACCUUGACUCGCGAGAGCAGAAGAAGAAGACGAAAGAUGCCACCACGAAAAGCACUUUGUUUUGAUCAUAACAGUAUUUGAAUAUGUCGUUUGUCUAUGUACAUGGGUGCUCUGAGCUCCCUGGGGUGCUGUAAGGGGAUAUGGCACCCUAUCUGGGGGUUCUCUUACUAGAAGGGAGAGGAGAGGUACGCCUGGGUGUGUGCUUUUUGUUGCAGUUUAGCCAAUGUUCUCCAGUAUUGCCAAACUAGGGAGUGGUGUAGAGUCGUAGCGCAGGGGAAAGGCAGACACCCACGCUUACAUCCAGACAAUUCGGAUAAAUCAAAGGGAUGUUUUUUCUUAAUCGACUUUUUACUUUUGUUUGUCAAAUAAAUAUGAAGAUGUGGA